AUGAUGAAAAAUAUAUUGGAUAAGGAGGAUACUAUAAAUCAAGUAAUUCUAACCAAUGUUUUCCAAGACUUCUCUCAGCCUGACAUAACAGACUACACAAUUCUACACAUUGCAGCAAUCAAGAGAGAUGUUGAGGCAUUCAAAAUCUUAAUAGACAAUAGAGCUGAUUUCACGAUGCAAAAUGCGCAUGAAUGUACAGUGCUUCACUACCUUUUUGAGUGCACAGCUGAUAAUAGCAGAAUUGAACUGAUAAAUUAUGCAUUAUCAGCCCAUUUAAAAUUAGCAAAUUCAAGUAAUCCUUGUAACAACAAUGGUAUUACCCACUUUCACAUUGCGUGCAUGGUCAACAAUACCCAAGCAGUGCAGUUCUUUCUGGAAAAUGCAGCAUCUAAUGAUAUAGAUAUAAAUGUAAAAAAUGCUCAAGGCAGAACAGCUUUGCAUAUUUUUGUACAACAAAAAAUUAAUUUAUGUGAUUCUUUGAGAUACAGCGAAAUAGAUGCCACCACAGUGGUUUUGGACAAAAUUGAUUUGAUGGAUAACGCAACCAAUCUGUUGCUACCAAACAAUGGUAUAGAUAACGUGGGUUUUUCUCAGUUCCAUAGUGCAUGCACAAUGCGAGAAUCUACAGUAGCUGAAGAUCUUAUAGAGCAAGUGACAGACAUCAAUCGUUGUGUUCUGUUUGACUCUCCAGUGUGGCCUGGUUCUACAGGUCUUCAUUUUGCUGCUCAUUGUAACAUGAAAAUCUUUCAAAUGCUUGUGCAAAAGAUAAAAGCUCGAACUUUCAGAUGUUACGUUGAAAAAUAUGGGUAG